UGCUCCUGCUGACGGCUCGCCGCGGGGGUCGCACGCAGGCGUGCAGGAAGCGGCGCGUGAAGGACGCGAUUAAUUUACCCCCCCGGUUCCACAUCUCUGCGCUCUGCGUUUAGCGCUUCUUUAAUGAGCCCGUUUGCGUACGCAGAGCAGACGCCGUUGCCGACGACGACGUUUGCGCGCGACGCGAUCUGAAAUUAUGUCAUGCCGAUCGCGUCGUUGGCAGCCGUCGCCGGAGUCGGCGGCGCGCGCGCGUUUGCGUUUCUCCAUCAGAAGCGUGCCGCAUGAUCGUCAUCUCUUUCUUCUCCCACUCUCCUCAGACAGCAGCGGCGGCGUGGUGCUGAUCGCCGAGUCGGCGGAGCGCGGCGCGCAGCUGCUGUCCCGGCUGGCGCCGCUGCCGCGCACCGGCCCCGGCGGCGAGGUGCACGUGCUGCUGGCCGUGCGCAGGGCCGAGGCCGGCGCGCUGCAGGACCUGGGCGCCCUCAAGGGCGUGGCCAUCACGCUGCUGCAGGAGGUCAGCCCGGCGGCCCUCGUGCCCGGCACUCAGCGCGCGCUCCUCUCGGACUCCCCGCUGUGGCAGUCCCUCGGCGAGCCGGACGGCGCGGCCGGGCUGGACCAGGCGAGCCAGGACGCGUCCGUGGGCGCGCUCGCGGUGGGCGUGCAGCUGCUUGGGGCGGCGCUGCGCGCGGCGCACCGCAUCAAGUGCCCCACGCCCGCUCCGCCCGGGGGUGACGGCGCCGACAGCGCGCCGCCCGCCGUCUUCUGCCCCGCCCUGCACGCCAUGGCCCCGGACGAGUGGAAGUCCAUCCUCGAGAGGGUCACCGCCUUCUCCGACAGCGCCGCUACUAAAGGCGCCGCCGCUAAGCUGCGCUUUGGGAUGUCCCUACGCACCGCAGCGCGAGUCCUCGUCAAGCGGAGCCAGUCCGAGUACUUCGAGAAGGCCGGGCUUCUCGUCGGCGGCAAGGACCUGCAGCUGGAGUCGACCCGCUUCUCCUUCCCAGCGCUGCGGCCCGGCGUCGACGAGGACUGCGGGGCGGCGCAGCGGUCCCCAGCCUCAUCAUCGUCCUCGUCAUCGUCUUCGUCCCAGGGCACCCGGAGCACGGCGGCCACCACGUCCACCCCGCAGCGCACCAAGGCGGUGAACCGCGUCACCCUAGAGAGGCACCCUCGCACCACGCCUGCGCCCAGCUCAGGUUUUGGGGCGGAUUGGUCCUGGAUCCUGGGCGGCGGCGCGGACGGUCCCGACGGCGACUUCUGGACCAUGCUCUACAUGCUGCUGGGCGCGGCGGCCGUCAUGCUGUUCGUGUUCCUGUGCUGCUUCUACAUCGUCUACAACAACUUCCGCGUCAAGGGGAACAAGGCCCAGGACAACGACUCGAUCUCCCCGCCCGUGUCCCGGGCGGCGUCCCGGCGCUCGUCGGGCAGCAGCUGAGCAGCGCGCCAAGAGAAGCGCUCACGGCAGGGUUGUUUACGAUAGGAGGGGCGGCUGCGGGGGGCGCAGUUACACCGCCGGUGAAAAACUCUUCACUUACCUUGAGCUGCGUCUCUCCCACAUUCGCGUCGUCUCGGGCCGUGCUGCGACUGCUGCCGGACAUGAUGAUGAGGAAGGCUCACGAAGCGCGCCCUAACCUCAAAAGAACGGCAGCUGUUGACGCUGCAGCGUUGUUCGCGCGUCUUCAAAUUUCCAAAUUCCCGACGUAAGCUUGCACGUUCGAUAAAAGGAGCCGGGCGAGUUGUAAUUGGUCGUCAGCAUUUCACCGCGGUUUCUCUUCACCCUCCGCAGAGGGUGACAGCGCGCGAUACACAGACUGCUCUCUCCCGCGCCUCUCCGCGGCAACUGACUGCCGCGCUCAGUAUUUACCAAAAUAUACCCGAGGUGCUGGGCGCCUGGGGGUGGGUGAGUGCCAUGCGAGACGCGGGUACACAUUUGAAGUGCUAUGUUGUAUACAGGGGGGAAAGGGGGCGGGGGUGCAUUCACGUUUAUGGCUUCUUGUACAGGCAGUAGUUAGUAGUGGGCGAGGAGGGGCCAGCCGAUGCACCUGCGAGCGAGGUUGAUUUUCAAUGCAGACACAUACCGUCAAUGUACACGCCGACGCCGACCAAAUCGUGGCCUUGGACCAAAGUGACAUUCUGCUGGGGACAACUGCGACCAGCAGCCGAUACUUUGACUCCGCCUUCGCCGACUGAAUAUUUUCCGGCUUGAGGUUAUGGUUAUUGGUUUACCUCUUCUCUUUCCUCUUUCUUUCCCGUCCGCACUCGAACAUAAUUUUAGGUGGAGAGUUGUAAAAUACGAAGAAGAAAUAAGAGUAAUGGUGAGUAAUAAAAUUCAUAAUAUCCAAAAACUUUAGAGAAGCGGAGGAGAACGUCUUGCUAAAAAGGAAGGGAAAGGGGUUAGUAUUAAACUUUCGGAGGG